AUGUCAUUAUCAAAUAUUAGCGCAAAUGAAAUCGAUGCAUUCGGUGAAAUUUUGGCUACAUUUGUAACUAUUUGUUGCUACCUGAUGAUUAUUCUUGGUUUAAUCAGUCAUUCAUUGAGCAUAGUUGUCUUUACACGUCGAUCACUUCGUUCAAAUCCAUAUUCGUGCUACUUUUUGGCAGCAACACUGAAUGGUGUUUAUGUUGUUACCAUGAAUAUGCUUCUCUGGCCUCUUCAAGUCAUUAGAGAUCGUGAUAUAUCCUUUCUUUUCGCUGAUAGUGCUCGACAAAAAUCGAAUACAGUUGGGAUUCUUUUUACUAUUGAAAUUGAUCUAUCAAUUUCAACAAUCCCUUACGCUUCAUUAAAAGAUAUUAGUUAUUACUCUAAAAAACAAAAUGCAGAAGAAGAAAUUCUAUUUUCAAUGCACACUAUUUAUCAAAUUGGUCAUAUCAAGCAGAUUGACAAUAAUUUCUGGGAAGUCAAUCUUGUAUUAACCAAUGGUAAUGAUGUACAAUUGAAACUUUUAACUGCUCACGCGCGAGAAGAGCUUGGAGGAACCGAUGAAAAGCAUGCACUUGUUCCAUUACUUUUCAAAAUGGGAGAACUCAAAAAAGCUGAAGAAAUCGCUUUUGCAUUAAUUCAGUCAACGUCUGAAUUAAAUUUAAACGAUACUAUGUACUACAGUUUUUUUUAUCUAGGACAGGUGAAAUACGCUGUAGGUGAUUAUUCGACAGCGUUGUCGUACUUUGAGAAGGCUAUAAGUAUUGCAGAAAUUUUUUUUUCAUCAUACCAUUCAACUUUGGCAGUAUUUUAUAAUGAUAUCGGUUUAUGCUACAAUUCAACAGAUAAUCAUUCAGCUGCACUGUUGUACUACGAAAAAGCUUUGAAUAUUCAAGAAAAUCAUCCUAUAUCGAACCAUUCUCAUUUAGCUGCAACCUAUAUGAACACUGCUUUAGCGUAUGUAUCAAUGGGGGAUUAUGCAAAAGCACUGUCCUUUUAUGAAAAGGCAAAAACUAUGCAAGAAGAAAUUUUACCACCUAUACAUCCUGAUCUUGCUACUUGCUAUAACAAUAUUAGUAAAACAUAUAGUUCUAAAGGACAAUACAAAGUUGCGCUUUCAUUCUCUGAAAAAGUUCGCCAUAUUCGAGAAAAGAAUCUUCCAUCUAAUCAUUAUUCUCUAUCUAGUUGUUACGAUCAAAUUGCUCUUAUUUAUGAAAAAAUGGGAGAAUAUUCAACGGCACUUUUGUUUUAUGAGAAAGCACUCAAUAUUACACAAAAAUUGGUUCCAAAAAACUAUCAUGAUAUAGGUACACAAUACAAUAAUAUUGGUAUGACAUAUUAUGAAAUGAAAGAUUAUUCAAUGGCUUUGUCAUAUUAUAAAAAAAAGCUCUUCAAAAUCAUAAACAAUCUCAUUUUGAAGUCUCUUCGAGCGUGGCUACAGUUAACAACAAUAUGGGUUUAG